UGGCAGGACUUCCCAGUAGGCGGGGCCAAGCACUCGCGCUACUCCGGGUUUGUGGAAACUCUUUGAUCGCCACCGACUGGACUUGUUGAAAAGGGCUCGAGCGGUAACUACAUCUAAUAUUUUGACUUUUCUCCGCCGUGUCAGUCGUCGUUCUUCUAUGAAACGGGGUCCUGAGGAUUCAUUGCUAGAGGCUGCAGUGCGUUUGUGUGAAUUAACAGCUCCGAAAAGAAACCAUAUCUGGUCAAAGUAUUCAGCUGUCACAUGCGCUAUAUAUAGUGUGGGAUAAGCGCUGUCUGAAGUCUUGUGGUUCGGGGGCUGAACAGUUCCUGCUUCUUUCGUUUCUUCUCUUUUUUUUCUAUCCCCUCCUUCCCCCUUUUUGUCAUUCAUCAUGCUUCGUAAAGAGAUGGAGAAGUACCGGGAUGUGGAUGAGGAUGAGCUUUUGCAGAAGCUCAGUGAAGAGGAGCUCCGGAGACUCGAGGAUGAACUUGAAGAGCUUGAUCCUGAUAAUGCACUGUUGCCGGCGGGAUACAGACAAAGGGAUCAGACUAAGAAAGCUCCGACAGGAACGUUCCAGAGAGAUAACCUUCUGGCUCACCUCGAGAAACAAGCUAAAGAACAUCCAGACCGGGAUGAUCUAGUUCCCUACACUGGCGAGAAAAGAGGAAAACCGUGGGUGCCCAAGUCAAAAGUUGUUGACCCUCUUCUGGAAGAUGUCACCCUGGAGCCUGAACUAGAGGAGGCCUUAUCAAGCGCUACAGAUGCUGAACUGUGUGAUAUAGCAGCUAUUUUGGGCAUGCACACACUGAUGAGCAAUCAGCAGUAUUAUGAAGCUCUAGCCAGCAGCACCAUCGUCAACAAACAGGGCUUGAACAGUGUAAUCCAGUGUACUCAAUAUAAGCCAGUGCCAGAUGAAGAGCCCAAUGACACAGAUGUAGAGGAAACACUACAGAGAGUCAAGAGCAACGAUCCAGACCUCACAGAGGUGAACCUAAACAACAUCAAGAAUAUUCCAGUGCCAACUUUGAAAGCAUAUGCUGAAGCUCUUAAAGGGAACAGUGUUGUGGAACGUCUCAGCAUCGUUGGCACCAGAAGUAAUGAUCCUGUAGCCUUUGCACUGGCAGAGAUGCUAAAAGUGAACACGACUCUGAAGAGUCUAAACGUGGAGUCAAACUUCAUUACUGGAGCUGGAGUUCUGGCUCUCGUGGAAGCCUUAAAGAGCAACACUACACUGCAGGAGCUAAAGAUCGACAACCAGAGCCAGCCAUUGGGUAACAAGGUUGAGAUGGAGAUAGCUAAUAUUUUAGAGAAGAACACUACUUUGCUGAAGUUCGGGUACCACUUCACCCAGCAGGGCCCACGCUUGCGUGGAUCCAAUGCUAUGAUGAACAACAACGACAUGGCUCGUGUUGUUCGGUCGGACUCAGACGGUGCGAUCACAUUCACUUUGUCAGUCCCUGAGCUGGAAAGAGCCUUCUGUAAAAAGUUCAAGUUCACGUCAAAACCCAAUAAGAAAGAGAAGGCUUGAAGGAGGACCCAUCUUUCCUAAAUGUCGGACAAACGUGUAGCAGCAUCAGGACUCCUCCAUGGCCUGGGACCUGCAUCACACCCCAUCCCAUCCCAAAUCCUCCCAGUAUUUCACCAGCAAGUCAUCUAAAAAAACAUAUUGAAUACAGAAAGCCAUUAUUGUCCAAAGCCCCUGAUCUGAAGAGCUGAAGGUACCACCCUCUGUUUACCAGACACAUAGUUACUCAUGGCAGAGUGUUUUACAGAAGUGUAAACUACCUGCCAUAACAUUAGCAGGGAAAAAUCACCUACUUGUGCUGAUGGAAGCAGCAAAGAUGAAAAUGGCACUCGGUUUAUCACAAUGUUCUCAGAUGACCUAAUCUUCUAGCUGUAAACAUUCUGACCUUACAGCGGGGCGUUUCGCUGUUUGGAUGCUCACCAAAAGCGUCAGACUUCAAACUUGAUUUAUUGUAGCUGUGGUUUUGCCUUCUCUGGGCCAGUUUGAUUCUCACUAUAGGUUUAGUACUCACACAUUGCAUAGAAGCAUGCUGUUACUAUAUGUUUUACUCUUUGGUAUGCUGUAAUUUUGACCUUUUUAAAUGUUUAACAACUGGUAAUAUGAUGGUUUUUAGCAUGCACAUUUCAGGUGAGCUCUGCUAUGUUUUGUACACCAAAACUGGUGCUUAUUUUUGAAUCCUCAUUCUCUCUUCGCUUUAAAAUGAAUAGAUUUACUCACUUUUAAGUCAACUAAUCACUCUAAAAUCAAUGGGUUUACUGUUUUUUAAGUUAGGUCAACUAAUUGCUCUCAAAUCAAUGGGUUUACUCAUAUUUUAAGUUAAGUCAACUAAUCGCUCUAAAAUCAAUGGGUUUACUCAAUUUUUAAGUUAAGUCAACUAAUCGCUCUAAAAUCAAUGGGUUUACUGUUUUUUUUAAGUUAAGUCAACUAGUCGGUCUGAAAACAAUGGGUUUACUCAUUUUUUUUUAAAGUUAAGUCAACUAAAUAAGCUCCAUUUUUUUAAAUAUUUUGUCAUGUUUGGGAUAAGCUGCAUUUCAUUUUCGCAGUUAGCAAAAACGUAUGGCAGUUAUUGUACUGACAGUCUUUCUUUUAUUAUUGCCAUUUAUCAAAUGAAUGUGGUUGAUGUGUGUUCUCUAUAGUCUUGCAUUUCUACUGAGGAUCAUAGCACAGAACAGAAAAUCAUAAAACUACAUAUAUUAUGUUCUCAUGAAGUAAUGUCCAGGAUAUAUUUCACCCAAAAUCAAUAUUAAUAACAUAGGCUGCUAUGAUUUCUGAAAUAUGGAAAACGCAGACAGAAUCAUUAAUACAGUGGUAAACACACUGUU